AUGGAUUCCAAAUGCAUGGAAAUACCUGCCCUGGGAAGAUCUCUGUAUCCUGGCAUGCUAUACGAUUGCCGCAGGGACUCCUUUAUUCCAGGUGUUACUUUAUGGGAUGCAGAAGCAGUGAAUAAACACAUUGAUGUGCAUCAGCAGCCUAAAACACAGCUGACGUUUACUAGCUCUGACACCCUCAGUGAAAAGGCCAAGCUCCUGGAUAUAAGCGCUUCACUUAAAGCCAGUUUCUUCAGCGGCUUGGUUGAGGUUGGAGGAUCAGCCAAGUACCUAAAUGAUACCAAGUCCUCAACACGUCAGUCCAGAGUUACGAUGCAGUACAGCCAGACAACAGAAUUUAGACAACUCACCAUGAAGGAGCUUGGCAAUAUCACCUAUCCACAAGUAUUUGACCAGAAAACAGCCACUCAUGUAGUUACAGCUGUAUUGUAUGGAGCUCAGGCUUUCAUGGUGUUUGAUUAUACAGCUGCAGAAAAUGAGAGCAAACAGGCUGUUGAAGGAAACCUUUAUGCAGUGGUCAAGAAGAUCCCGACCAUUUCCAUCGAGGGGGACGCAUCCCUAAAGAUGACUGACGAGGAAAAGAAAAUGGCUGAGAAUACCAGCGUCACAUUUUAUGGCGACGUAGCACUUGAAGAAAACCCGACCACAUUCAAGGAAGCCCUGGAGGUGUACAAGACGUUACCCACUUUGAUGAAGAAAGAAAACUAUAAUGGCGUACCACUGACUGUGUGGCUGUAUCCUCUCAUGCUUUUGGAUGAUAAGGCUGCAAGGUUGGUGAGAGAAAUCAGCAUGAACCUGUUGAAUAAAACCGAGAAUUUGAUGGAGGAGUUUGGAGAAGUGGAGAGAAGAUGCAAUGAUUUGUUCAAAAACCAAAUGACAGAUGAUUUCUCUGAUGUAAAAGACAGGUUGUUGAAAUUUGGGGACUUACACAGUUGUUAUAAGACAACGUUCCAGAAGGCAUUGUCCAGAGUUUUGCCAGCUAUUCGGGGUGGGACACAAGAGGGCAAGGCACUAGAGGACAUCCUGAACUUCCAUGACACAUCACCCUUCAAUGCUAGGAAUGUGAACAAAUGGCUAGACAACAUUACAACUGAAUUAAACAUAUUAAGUUCUUAUACCAGUGGGCUGAAGAACCUGACAGUUGUGAACUCACAAGCGACACUCAAUUCCAUCCUCUUUGAUCCUGAGAAUGAUGUGGUGGUGUGUUUGUCUUUUACAUCUCUAAAGUAUGAAGACUCCUACCUUGCAGCUCUCCAAGACUUUGAGAGCUCUGAAGGAUUUGCAAAGUUUGAGCAAACAAGCGAGAGAAUUUUCUCUUGCGAAGUACCACAACCUUGGUUCACCUCUCCUGACAUUUCUGAGAGCAUGAGGCAGAAUCUUUCUCUCUUUACAAGUUUUUCAAAGGCCAAUAAAAAUGAGAAGGGACUCAAGUUCAUCAUUGCCUCCAUCUCUGACCCCAGCAAUCCAGGAAACUCAAUCCAACUUUAUCAGAAAGGCCGUCUGACAGAUCCCAAGUUCCAGCCUGUAUCCAAACCUCCUCUACCUGUGGUGGAGACCAGUGAUGAGAAAGUGAUCCUAAAGCUUUCAAAAUCCCCGACCGGAAAGACGGUUCAGUUUAGAGUUGAAGACAGGAUGACACCUCCAACUGAUUCAGCAGAGGAUGCUGAUGAAUGGACAGUCACAGACACUUCAGAUGCACAGCCCAGCUUUACACUGACUGGACUAAAGCCAGCAAACCAAUACUGGGUUCGAUACAGAGCUGUUAGUGAUGUGGGAGUGAGUGAAGCCAGCGACUCUGUCUCCUUCACCUUUCAUGGGAAUCUUGAGGUCACAGUGAAUCAAUGGAGCAUCCCUUAUAUUGGCACAAUUCCUGGAGGGCUGAAAGCAGAAAUGGCUUUGUACUUCCAAGGGGUUGUUUUUGCAACAGGAAAGGUCUUUAAUAUUAAUCUCCAAAUCAAGCCACAUGACGUCGCUUUUCACCUCAAGUUUUCUAUCGGUGACUCAGUGGUUCGUAACAGCUUCAGGAAUGGGAAGUGGGAGAAUGAAGAACGGACAUCAGGGUGUCCUGUUUCUGAAGGAUCAGCCUUUGAUAUCUUUGUUGUGACCAAAGCAGAAGGCUAUGAGGUAUAUAUAAACGGACAGUGGUUUUGCCAGUUCAAUCACCGCAUGCCAAUUGAAAGAGUGACUGAACUUCAUAUUUCUGGGGACAUCAUCUUGAACACCACUGGUAUUGUUGGAAACUGGAGCACAUCUACCUUUGGUAAGGAACUAAACUCUGGCGUCUCACACAAAAAGUCCUCUCGCAUCCAGUCUGAUGUGCCACAUCCAGUCUGCAGCCCUAGCAAACCAUAUUUGGGACCGAUUCCUGGAGGCUUGAGACCUGGUGUGGCAUUGUUCUUCCAAGGGGUUGUUCCUUCAGAUUGUAAUCGCUUUGAAAUAAAUUUGCAGACCGGGCUGAAGUACCUUCAUGAUAUCGCUCUCCACUUCAACCCCCGCAUGCACUCUGUGGUCCUUAACAGCUGCAGGAAUGGGACAUGGGAGAAUUACAUUGAGACACCAGGAGGCCCGUUUGUCAAAGGAGGAGCCUUUGAUAUAAUCAUGGUUAUUAAGCCAGAAGGCUAUGAGGUGAUAGUGAAUGGCCUGGGAUUCUGCACAUUCAAUCACCGUUUCCCACUCGACAAAGUGACUACACUUGACAUUAGGGGAGACGUCUUCAUGAACACAUUUGGCAUUAUUGAAGUGGAUGAUGUUAAGCUGAAAUUCACCGUUCCUGCAAAUAUUUGAGGAUUCAAAUCAUCCCCAAAAGCAUUGACAUCAUUCAAGAGAUUUUUUUUAUUCGAUUCUGCUCAAGUAUUUCAGAAUUACAACAGUUCAUGAGCAUGGUUUAUUUUUAUUAAUCAGUUAUUGUUUUUCCUCUUGAGCUUUCUUAGAUUUGAGAUAUUUGUUUAUUGUUAGAAAUUAAUGCUAUAUAUUCUUUACAACAGUUUGAUUGUAUCUUAAUGAUAGAAAAUGACUUGUGUUAGACUAUACA